AGUUCUUGCAUCACAGACUAUCACACAUUUUAUGAAGAGCAAGCAGAAGCUUCAUGUCACAGUUUUUAGGUGCGCUGUGUUUGUCUGAUGCUUUGGUGUUUUCAGGUGCAGGGAUUAAGCGAAACUGAAUCAUGUCAGACAGUCUAAUGGAAGAAAUCUUCAUCAAACGAUCUCAGCAGAAGAAGAAGACCUCUCCUCUAAACUACAAGGAGAGGUGGUUCAUUCUCACCCAGGAAAAAAUAGCCUACUAUGAUUUUGACUCUGAGAAAGGGAAGCGGAAAGGUUUAAAAGGGGCGGUGGACAUAGAGAAGAUUAAGUGUGUGGAGACGGUCCAACCAGAACCCAACGCCCCACAGGAGCGCAUGUAUGCAUUCCAGAUCAUUUAUGAUGAAGGGCCGUUGUACAUCUUCGCAAAAACUGACGACAUCCGAGCAUUGUGGAUAAAGAAGCUAAAAGAAUUGGUCCGCUUCAACAAAGAUCUGAUGCAGAAGUAUCAUCCCUGUUUCUGGGUGGAUGGGGUGUGGCUUUGCUGCCACCAGGAAGUUAAACAAGCUAUGGGCUGCAAAGUUCUGGAAAGUUCUGCUAAAAAUGGUUUUAAAUCUUCACCGAGUCGACGAAUGUCCAGAAAACCACUUCCCCCAACCCCAACAGAGGAAAAACCUGGUCGCCCUUUGCCUCCAGGACCACCUGAGCCUUCAGCACAGUCUGCAAGCAUGACUGUAGUAGCUGAGUACGAUUACGUACCAAUGACUCCCCAGGACCUGGAGCUGAGGAAGGACGAGGAGUACACCAUCCUGGAGAGGUCCGACGCCAACUGGUGGAAAGCUAGAGACAAAUACGGGAAAGAAGGCUACAUACCAAGUAAUUAUGUGGUGGAAGCAGAAAAAGGGCUUGAAAGAUUUGACUGGUACAGCAAAAACAUGAAUCGGAGUCAAGCAGAGCAGCUUUUAAAAUCUGAGAACAAAGAUGGAGGAUUCCUGAUGCGAGACUCAAGCAAAGCCGGGAAAUACACUGUGUCUCUGCUCACCAAAAGUGGCGUGGAAACAGGUGGAAGCUGCAGACAUUAUAACAUCUGCACAACUCCGCAGGGCCAGUUUUACCUGGCAGAAAAGCAUCAUUUCAACACUAUCCCAGAGCUGAUCAACUAUCACCAGCACAACGCAGCAGGUAUGGUCAGCAGGCUGAAGCACAUUGUAUCCAAUCGGGCACAACCUCCAUCCACAGCAGGACUGGGUUACGGUGUUUGGGAGAUCGACCCUCGUGAUCUAACAUUCAUCAAAGAGCUGGGAAAUGGCCAGUUUGGAGUGGUGAAGUAUGGAAAGUGGCAGGGCCAGCAUGAUGUGGCCAUUAAGAUGAUUAAAGAGGGCUCCAUGUCUGAGGAUGAUUUCAUAGAAGAAGCCAAAAUCAUGAUGAAGCUUCGCCAUGAGAAUUUGGUGCAGCUGUACGGCGUCUGCACCAAACAAAGACCUAUUUAUAUUGUGACUGAGUUCCUUGCAAAUGGCUGCCUCCUGACAUACCUAAAAGAAGGCCUGAAGCAGCACCCAACAACCGUCCAGCUUCUUGAGAUGUGUAAAGACGUAUCAGAGGGCAUGGCCUAUCUUGAAGUACAGCAGUACAUCCACAGAGACCUGGCUGCCAGAAACUGUCUAGUAGAUUCUAAUGGCACAGUCAAAGUGACUGACUUUGGUCUGUCAAGGUAUGUUUUGGAUGAUGAGUACACAAGCUCAGCAGGCUCAAAGUUCCCAGUUCGCUGGUCGCCUCCAGAAGUACUGCUUUACUGCAAAUUCAGCAGCAAGUCUGACAUCUGGGCCUACGGCGUUUUAAUGUGGGAGGUGUACACUCUGGGGAAGCUUCCAUAUGAACGCCUCAACAACACGGAAAUAGUGGAUCAGGUGUCCCGAGGCCUGCGCCUUUUCCGUCCACAGCUGGCCAAUGAGAAGAUCUACAGCAUCAUGACAAGCUGUUGGUCUGAUAAAGCAGAUGAGAGACCCACCUUUCAGGAGCUGGCACUGACUGUCCAGGAUUUGCUGUAUGAACUUCAAUAGACCUGAGAAUAAUUUAUGUAGCACAAAAAACCUCUCUGAUCCCCAGAGAAUAGCUCCUCAUGGAUCCCUGAAGACAAAGCAUCAUUAAUACAAUUGAAACCUUCAAUGUGGGAGUGAGCAGCAUUUAAAGGCUUAUCUAGAAUGUGAAUAGGUUUAAUGCAAAUGUCACUUUUAGUCACCAGCUUUCACAUCACAUUAAUAAAAAUGCAGUCCUAUGAAUCAUAUUUAGAUUUUUUAUAUAUAUUAUACUGAAGGUUGCUCAAUUAAAACAUGAUAUUUUUUGUUUUUUGUACUCUGUGAAAUCAUUGCAAACACCUUUGUAUGUGAAAAUAAGCUUUGUAAGCUAAUAUGUGUUGCACAAAUAAACACCAAGUAAGAAGGGC